AUGACAGCCUCGGCUGGGUUCUAUCCACAAGACAGCCUUCCUACCUCCUGGAGCCUCGACGCGCUGUUCGGCUACCGCUCGCAACCGCAGAACGCUUGGAGAUACGAACCGCCGUCGCUACCAAAGGACGCGCCAGCAUCAGAUACGCCUCCCUCAGCCUGGGACGGCGCACGGUACGGCGACCUACUGCCUCGAAGCCAAGCCAACGACUUGAGCUCGAUCGAUCGCGACACGCAAAACUCCUUCACCCCACAAUCUGUGGCGCAGUACCUCACAAAGACUGCGGAUCAACAUGUCAACGUUGAAGUGGAAGCCAUCAGUCCGCACUCGUCCAAGCAAGCCCCUACCAGCGACGAUGAACUCGAGAUAGGCUUGAGUAGCUUCACGGCUAGGCUUGCGGUUGCAGGAGACAAUCCCAGUGCGCUGCUGGUGAAGGAGUCUUUCACGGGGCGCUUGCCAUCAAGCCCACUCGUCUGGAAAUAUUACACCGCGGUGCUCCAGCACAUGCGCCAUCUGGGAUGUAACCCUACACCUGUGCUUCAAAGUCUGCUCGAAAACAAGGGUCGUUUGUUGCGGUCCGUGGAGUUGUUGCAGAGCGCAGAGGAUUGUACCCGAUUCUUGGACUGUCUGGAAGACAUUUCGACGACCAGACAGGCCCGCAAAUCAUCUUUGGUCCGUCAAAUCUAUGGCGUCUUGGCUCAAUCGGCAGCAGAGGGAGAGCGCUCAACAACGGAAGCUUAUGACGCUGUUUUGCUGCGCCUUCUCAAGCACACUGGGGAUGCAGGUUCCUUGGAAAGAUCGAAGGAAUCCAGCUCUGUCACACGACUGCUGUAUGCACUUGCAGCCAACUUGAGGGAGGGUGCUGCAAACAGACUGCUUUUGUCACAUCUUGCUCCAUCAGCACGCAACAAAGAGGUCAUCAUCUCUACAAUCUACAGUGUUGCUGAGACGCCCGAUCUCUUCGCAAGUGCAGCGCGUGCGUUGUUCUAUAUGCCGCGCCAGCAAUUGCUUGCCCAGGUCCCUGCCGUCACUUUGCAUUUCGCAAAUCAGACCAAAGGCAAGCGUAAUUCUGCACAGUCAUUGAAAUCGCGGCGUAUGAACGUAUGGUUACAAUUACUCCAGCAAGUCGAUGUCAAGGCAAGCGUUCACAAAGAUCUGCUCAAGGCUGCCAUGGUCCCGCUUGCACAGGGUUUGUUAUCUUAUGACGCGCCAGCUAUGGUACCCCCUGAGAUUCUUGUCAGAGCAUUACUCCUACAUCAGGAUCUCGAGUAUCAGGUACCAUCCACUACCGACAAACCACGCCGGUUCCAAGCACUCUUGGCAGAUGUGCUUCUUUGGCUCCAGGCAGAACCCAACGAAUACAGCAAGCUGCUGGAUGUGGCCUUGCCGCUUGUUGCUCGUCACGCUGGACUCAGCCUACUGUUGCGUUGCAUACGGACGAUGGAAGAACAGAAGCUCCCUCUCUCCACUGGAAUUAACUUCGAGGCACUCGUUGUGGAGAAGCUCGACGACCUUCACGCACCGACAGACGACCUGUCGGAAAGUCAGUUGCAAAGUAGAGCGUACACGUUACAAGCUUGCGAGAAGCUGGUCAACGUUCUGGACCGAAUGGGCCACGCGCUGCCAGCAAGGAUGGGAGAAGUUGCAGGUCUUGCAGGCGUUCGCCAGUUCGAUCACCUACUGAGCCGUGCAAUCGCCAACAACGCCGUUCCCAUCGCCUUUCGCAACGCCACCAAAGACUUGUCCUUGAUGGAGCGUGUAGCGGUGGUGCACCAGCUCGCCUACCAUUAUUCUCAGGACACAACUCGCACUCAUCGCGAAGUGUGGCGAUCCAUUUACUAUCUUUACAACUAUCUCAUGUCCAACUCGCUCCCGAUUGGUCCUCUGUUUACCAAGGCUGUUGUGCAUUCGUCGAUAACUCGGCCUUUGACGGAAAACCGCUUCGUCAGCGCCCGACGCUUGAUCUGGGUGUACCACCUUGUGGCAAGAGUGGAGGGUAAUGAAGUAGCUGCGCGAGUCGAGAAUCACUUCCACACGUGGCGAGGUGAUCUCAUCGGACGUGCUAAGCGGAUAUAUGUUGGUGUUGGAGGAAGCAAGCAUGGCAAGGCACAUGUUGGGACCAUGAAGAGGCUAGGGCUGAUAUGA